CAUAUGAUGCAAGGAGCUCUUUAAAAUGGAUUUCAGCUCUCCUUUUACUCUGCAGUGCUUGCUGGUGAUAAUAACUGUUACUCAUGGCUCUGUCACCUGGACUGGUGUGCUCAGCGGCAGCUCAGCAGUCUUUUCGGUGGGGAUUCAAAGUCUGCAGAACCUCUCCAGAAUGAGCAAGAGGGACACCAGAUGCCUGACAGUUGUCUUAAAUGAUACUUUGUUGGCUGAAUGUGGCACAUCUGCCAGGAGAUGCCUGAAUUUGCAGAAUGGCUCCCUAGUGCUGAGGAGCGUGGAGAAAGAGGAUGAAGGAAAAUAUGAGUUUGUUUUUCACAACACCACCAGAUUUUUUACACUGGAAGUAUUUGAGCCAGCCAUCAGUAUCCAGUGCUUCCCUAAUGGGACUGGAGAGUUGUCCUGCAACGUGACCAGCAAUGAGAGCACCAGCUUUCGGUGGCUGCUGAACGGCACCGCGCUGAGUGUCCCUGAGGCUUGUGUUAAGGAUGGCGGGAAGAAGGUUCACCUGGACAAAACUGUGCCUGGGGAAUUUGUGUGUGAGGUUUACCAUGGGAACACCGUCACAAGGACCAGGCCCGUUGUGCUGUCUUGCAAUUAUGGAGACCUACUGCAGUAUCCGUGGUUCAUUUACAUUCUGGCAGGGUGCACAGGGAGUGCCCUUAUCCUGCUGGUGGUUGUGUCCUCAAUCAUAUGUUGCUGUAUGAAGAGGAAACACAAGUUCAUCCCAGUGCCUUCAGAGGAGAAGGAUGAUGGACUAACAAUGUCGGUGAUCUCCAGUGAAGGUGUGAAGAGCCCCCCCAAUGGAGACCAUGUCGAGGCUCAAGCUGCCCAAAUUGACUGCCCUCCGAAGCCUGAUGCUGCCCGGACAGGUCAAGGUGUUGAGCCUCAGCCGCUGGUGGAAGAAAACAUACCAGUGGAGAUAGAGCCUGAGGAACUGCCAGACCCAGAGGUCAUAGUUGAUGUGGAGAGCCAGGAAAAUGCCUCAGACUGUUUCCCAGAUCCAACUGAUGACUGAUCUGGCAUGCUUGCUCUUCCGCCCUGCCUUGAACCCUGUGACAUCCGUCCUUUGAAUCCCAUGGUCUUGUUGUGUGUAAGAAUUGGUUCAGAACAUUUUAGCAGGGUAAAGACAUGAGAUGUCAGGCCUGCUAGCCUAAUUAAAAAACAAAACAAAACAACAAAAAAACCCCCAGAAACAAAACAAAACAUGAUAAGGGAAACUACAUGUAUGACUUUGUGGCCACACUGCUGUAGGCUGACAGGUUCACUAACAAACAAAACUGGGCAGCUCUUUGAUGCCUUGCCUGUUAACAGACCUGCAGCUAAACUGUGGAGCCCUAGAGGACAGCCUGAAAUGAGAUGAGCAGUUCCUUCUCCCUGCCCACCCCAUGCCAUGUCUUCAACCAGCCAGUGGUUCCUGCAAGGGGCAGGUGUGACGGGCAGAUUAAAGUGGCCUGCCAGCCCCAGACAGAAAAAAGGACUUGCCAGAAAUUUCCUCAGAAAGCCUCUUCUCAGGAGAUUUCAAGGCAUUUUUUCACAGGCUCUUUGAACAAAAGCUCAGUGGAGGUUUCAGCUAGGUAUCGGUUCUGGCGGGUGUUUAUCUGAAUCAUUCCUCUGAGCUCCAGAUCCUUUGUGAUUCAGCCCUCACUGCUUGCUGCAUGGGGCCAGGAGUGGUGGUAGGGGCUGCUGCAUGCAGACCCCUGGAGGUGACACUGGCUUGCUCACCGUUUGAUGCCCCGUAAUGGCAGAGGACUAAUGGUUACCUUUUGCCAGAACCUAACUGCUCGAAUCGCCAGUGAGUUAAAACAGCUCUGUCACUAGCUUGCUUGCUUGCUUGCUUGCAGCAGAAGGGUGCCUGGGGCUUGGGUGUGUGAUUUUGGCAGAAACAUUUACUAUAAUGGUGAGAUUGUUCAUCAGUGCAAGCUUUAGUGCCUUUCAUGUAAUGGUUUAGCUACUGCAAGCUGAUUAAGAUGGCCAUCUGCCUGUGCAUGUAGGCUUUUUUGGUGCUGUGUUAUUUUCACAGACAGGAGCAAUUUAUAGAACCUCUUAGGUAAGCUUUGCUGCUACGCAUGUCCUGUUCUCCUCCGGGGAGGUGUGCGACUGGAGCAGCUGGGGUAGACCUGCAGGGAAGGAGGACAAGUGAGGAGAGGACAAGGGCUUGGUCCCAAACAGCAGGUAG